GCUAUUGGGCCAUUUGCGCUUAAGUUCGUGCUGGAUAUCGCUGCUCCAUCACCGUGUUCCAGAACACGCCAUUUCUGGACGAUAUUCUGAGACCUUGGCUGGAGUCGUGCGACAGGGUCCAGGCAAUUCAGACCACCACGACGCUCAACGACUCGUUUGCAGGCAUAUCGCAGUGGGCCAUGGAGGAGAUUCGAGACGAGCUCAGCAAGUGCGAGCUGCUUUGUUCGGCUGUUUGGCAUGACACAAGCAAUGCCUUCGAGAAUGAGGAUCGAAGCGCUCAAGCACAGAGGGUGUCGAAUCUGACCAGCGCUUUGUCCUUCGCGAGCUUGUCAGACUCAAGUACACUCUUCCUUCCCAUCUACUCACCCUGUCCGGCCAACAGUGCAGAGACAGCAUUUCGGAGAAGGGCGAGCUGGAAUGAUGCCAGAACACUCGCAGCUCGCGUACAUCCGUACUGGGAUUCAGCAUUCGUGGCACUUCGGUUGCGGAGCUCAGAUCAGACUGCGAGCACGCUCACUUCUCGCCUGAAUUGGAGAAGUGACACGCCCAUCUCUCUGCUCGAAGGAAUCAUGCCUCUUGCAUCUUUGGCCUCGACUUUGUCCCCCUCGUCGCAAGCGAUCGAUCCUAUCGAUGCUUUGCUCGCAUCUCGGGGCUACGGCCCUGGUCGAGGCAAUGCUCCUCAGCUGACAGCGGAACAAAAGACAUCACGCAAGCUAGCUGAGCUGAGGCAGGCUCGAGUGGACCUCUCAGGAUCGAUCGAAAGUCUUGCUGGUGUCUCUGCCAAGAAGUCGAACCCUGCCACCGAGACGCGCAGCGAUAAGGCCUUCGCUAGCGCUACCACUGCUCGAGGUCUUGCUACGUCUUGUUCGGAAGAAGAAGCGAGCACCUUUUCGGAUGCCGUCAAUAAGCUUGUUGGGUGCGAAGAACCGUGGAGUCAUCUAACGACGAGCACAUUAGCAUACAACGAAGUGCGAAGGUCCUAUCCUGCGCUGCGCCGUUUAGCCGAGCCGAGAUCUGCAUCCCAACCAAAGCAGAUGCAAGACGUUCGCACAUCCCACAGCGUCCUCUCCACUCUGCGCACGUCGCCUCGCGCAGCCACGCAUCUUCGUCGUUCCCUCUCCACCGUUCAAGAGGCUCUCACGGGUCACUUGCCGCUGGAGAGCUGGGGUCUGGAUUCGGGCAGACUGGGAAGCGGAAGAGAAACGGGAUGCGUGGGGGGAAAAGAGGGGUUGGGAGAGGUCAAGGAGAGGUUGUAUGAGCUCUUGGGAGCUUACGAGGAGGAAGAAUUUGAGAAUGACGAUCUUGUCGGAACGGAUGAGGAACGGGCUGACGAAAAGGAUGAGCUGGACUGGGACUAAGACCCCUUGUAUGCGCCAGCAUGCAGAGGACGAGCCCACCGACUUCGUAUAGGCACAACCCAUGUAUACCAUUACAGUC